AUGCGAUGGCGACAUGUUGCGACCAAGACUCGAAAUCAGACAGCGGAGGAAUCUGCAGCGUCGCCGGCGCCGCAGGGGGCGGCCCGUCGCGACGGCCGCGACUCCUACCUGGCGGCGUACGCGGCGUCCCACGGCGCGCACCUCGGCGGCGACGAGAGCGCGGGCGCGGGCGACGGCGGUGGGCGCGGAGACGCCUUCCUCGGCGGCGACGCCCACUACCCCGACGCGCUGUACGGCGGACCGCCGUCCUCCUACGGCGCCCCCGGCCCGGCGUACGGGGCCCCUAGCCACGCCUACGGCGCGCCGGGCCCAUACCCCGAGGGGCCCCUAAACCCCGCUUCCUGGCUACGGCGCGCCCCGGCCCCCGCGCCCGGCCCCCGCCCCCGGCUACGGACCGCCCUACGGCCACCACCGCGACCACGGGCCGCUGCCCGUGCUCGAGAUCGCCACCGUGCUCAAGAUCAUCCUCAAGGGCAGCGCGUAUCUGAAAGUGCUUUCGCAGGUGCUGAUCUUCAAAAUGAUCGUCAAGUUCAUCGCGGUGAUCUGCCUUCUUCUGUUCCUGCCGAAGUUCAAGCAGCCAAGGCCGUCGGCGGCGGACAGCGGGACGACGAAGAAAGGAGGCCGCUGCGUAGCCUCACGGACGCAGGUGCUCACCCACUCACGCACUGCCACUCUUUCCUCCGAUCCCCCGUUUACUGCUCCCAUUGCCGCUCCCUCGCCCUCCAGGCAUUUCGCCUCUAA